CUGGCAUAACAAAAAUCUCACGCGUGAGGCGAUGAAGCUGUCCAAGUCAUCGAGUCACAGCUCCAGAGCGUCCACAGGCCGCAAGUCGACCAAGAUAUCCAAGUCGCCCCCUCAGACUCCCCCCGAUGAAUGCGAUCCCGUUUGCCAUGACCAACACUAUGGCGUCCCCCAGUACCAUCAACCGCCGCAGCGAGGGUAUGCAUCCAACCCCCCUGGCGUUCAGAUGCCUCCACCAUCGUCCAGUCUUCCGACCGCAGGGGGGGUAUUCCACCACAAUAACAACAUGCCGUCUAUGAUGGAGCCAGCAGAUGUGCUUCAUCGACUCGAGACCAAGGAAUCUCGGAUGCACCAACUGAGUGCCCUCCUCGAAACGAUGAAGCACGAGUCCGCAGGCACGGCCGAAGCCAUGGAGAGGACGCUCCACGAGAACGACACGUUGCAGAGAAUGAACCAACAGCUCACACACGACUUGCAGGCGGCCAUCGACGCCACCGAGCAGCACAAAACCGACCACGCCAAGCAAAUCCAAGAAGUGAUGACCGUGUUUACAGACGAACGGCGGGACUUGGAGAAAAAGUUUGAACUGUACAUGGAGAGUCGACAGGCGGAAUUCGAGGCCGCGCGCGUCGCCCACGACGACCAAAUCGCCAAGCUGUCACAGGACACCAUGGCUCUUCAAGAGAAAAAUCGGGAACUCAGCCAUCAGUGCGAGUCUUGGCAAGACCAAUAUGGCACUGCCAGUGACAACUUGAGCGCGUUAAUGCGGGACCAAGAGGCAACCAAAGGCCAGCACAAGGCGGCCAUGGAGGCGCUGGCUGCGACGUUGCAAGACGUGGACACGGAAAAGCAAGAGCUCGGUAAACUCUUGGCCGAUGCGUUUCAUGACCUGGAGCGGUGCCGCGCCGCCCUCUUGGAAGCCAACAACAACGUGACCCAACUCAAGACGUCGUUAACCCAAAACGACCAGUCGUGGACCAACACCCUGACGAGUCUGGAAUCCCAAAUCCUCGAGAGCCAUGCACAGCAGCAACUUGUGAAAGACGCCCUCCGUGUCGCCGAAGCAGCGUUGCAGGUCGAACGAUCCCAGAAAGAAGAACUCAACGCUGCGAUGCGGACGGAACUGCAGCGAUACACGGACGAGCUUGACGACGUUCAAGCCAAACACGCGACAUCGCUGGCGGUGGUCGUGGCCGAGCGAAACGAAUGCCAAGAUCGGUUGAGUCAAGUCAAAGAACGGGCGAAAGCGACCGACAAGCAGCUCCAGGCACUGAGACUCCAGUUUGAAGACGCGAUGGAAGGCGCCAAGCUGACGCUGGCUGCCAAGACCGCAGACGCUGACAAGCAACGGGUUGUGGCAGAUCGGAACCUGGCGGAAAUGAACUCGCAGUGCAUUGCGUUGGCACAGGACCUCGCCGCUUGCCAAGCAGCGAGGACGGACAGCGAAGGCAAGUUUGCACACUUGCAGCAAGGAUGUGUGAAAUUGAGUGCGUUGGUUGGCAUAGACAGCUCGUCCUCGAUGGACGAGCUAGUGGGCAAAGUAGACUCGAUUGUGGCCACGGCCAAUGACCGCCUUACGUUGCUACAAGCGUGUCAGGCUCGGGAAUCGCAGCUCUCGAUGGACAGCCAAGCGUUUGCGGUGGAACAUGCCCAUCUGCAACAGAGCCUGCAAUCAUGCACGGACGAACUGGAGUCCGUCAAGCAGGACUGCGCGGCGUUGGUGGUGGAGAUGCAAUCGCUAACGGCUGCCCAUGAUAAGGCUUUGAUGGAGAUGCAGUCGUCGAGCCAGCGCAAGGUGGACGACGCUCUAGCCCAGCAGCAAGCGCUCGCAGUUAGUACCAUGCAGCUUCAACGGUCUGUGGACGGACAGCGCGCCCGGAUCGACCAACUCGAGGACGAAAAGCGCGAGCUAUUGCAAGAAGCGGAUGCAUUGAACAAGUCGUUGGAGACAUCGUACCAAGUGAAAAAUGCACUUCAGAUGGACAUGGACGCCACGAAACACCGUGUGGUGGUGCUACAGUCGGAACACAAUGAUCUUCAAGAUGCACAUGACCAAUUGACUGCCGCGAUGGCCACAAACAGGACCGACUGGAGUGCCAAGUUGGCCGAGUCGGACGCUUUAUACCAACGAGAUCGCCAUGAAUGGGACAAACAGUCGCGAUCGCUGCUGGCCACUGUCGCAACGUUGGAAGGGCAAGUGACGUCGUUGAAUGAGCUCGUCGUCCAAGCCAGGGAAGACAGCGACGCGUGUCGACGCCACGCGGCGGACCUGGCGGAAAGUUUGGAGCGUACGCGAGUAGAGCUGAUCGACGCGCAAGAUUCAUGUGCCGAAUGGAAAGAUAAAGCAGAUGGAUUGGCUACGACCAGUUCGUCGGUGGAGAGCACGCUGCGAGCCGACUUGACUGCGUCUUCCGGCCAAUGUCUCGCCCUGGCCGGGGACAAGCGGCGACUGGAAAGCACGGCCGCUUCCCUAGAAACACUUAACGGACAACUGAACGCAGAAUUGCACACGCUUCGACAGGAAAAGCAAUGCCUCAACAAACAUUUGGAAGGCAGAGAUGACGAGUUGUUAGCCGUCCAAGGCGACCUCGCUCAAGUCAAAGCGGAACUUGAACGGUUCAUAUAUUUGGUAUAUAUCGACGAGGAUAUCAUCUUUUUUUCUAGGGUCGCAAGAUCCAAGCAAACACUGCAAACCGAAUUGAGUCGCGCCGCAGAAGAUUUAAACGAUAGUUUGCGACAGCUGGAAGUGCUACGGCGAGAGUUUCGAUCUCAAGAAAAGGCUCAUGCUGCCGCGGAAGAAGGGUGUCGUAAGGACAUGGAUAUGCUGCGCACUGACCACAUGGAAGCGAUGGCUUUGAACGAGGAGCUGCAAGCCAAGAUCUCCACGAUCCAGAGCGCUGCCAACGCCACGAUUAAUGACUUGGUCGCCGAGCUCACGCAUGCAGAAGACUUGCUCAAAGCUGACCAAGCCCGGCGAGCACAAGACGACGAACUGCUGCGAAGCCAGUGCAGGUAUGUCGAAGACGAUUUGAAGCGCAAAGAAGUCGAGUGGAAGGAAGCGACGAUGAUGCUCAAGCGGGAGUUGGCCGUGCGUCGAGACAACUACGACAGCCUCGAGACCAAGUACCAAAAGCAAAAAGAGAUGUUGGAAGCCAAGAAGGUCGAAGUGGAUAAGCUUACAAAGGACAACGAACAGCGGCAGCUCAAGUUGGCCGAGCUCGAGCGCAAGCUGGCUCCGCUGGCCAACAUCAAGGAAACGACGGCGACUCGACUUAGCGAAAUGAAACUCGUUUGCGAUGCCAAGCUAAAAGAAUCGCAUGAUCUCGAGGAAAAGCUACGAGAUGACCUGGUGCGGCUCCAGAAAGAAAAACGAGAUUUAGAGUCGAGCCAUUUGAGGGCGAAAGACGAGCUCGAUCACAGUGCCAGUGGCCGGUAUACGCUGGUCCACCAACAAUUAACAAGUGAGAACAAGCUGCUUAAGUCUACGUUGGAUCGGACCAAGCUCGAGCUACACCAUGCGACGGACAACGUGGCAGCACUAGCCCAACGACUGGACGCGCAGCAGAACGCAUCGAACGCGACGAUUGCCGACUUGAGUGGUCGGCUCCAAGGACUGGACCAGCAGUACCAAGCAGCGUUGGCAUCGUUGUCAAGGGAGCUGACUGUAGAGAAGGAAAAGUGCCAGGACCACUUGCUUCAAAAGCAUCAGCUCAUGAAACAGCUGCGCAAAUUGCAACGACCUGGCAGCACCACCAGCAGCAGUACCAGCAGCAGCGAUGACCUCGCAGACCAGCAAGUGUUUACGUCGAGGACGCACCCAGAAUUGGCGGACUACGCAACGUCGUCGGCACUGACUCCAGUCGCCAAAACUUCCCCCAGAUCGAACACAAACGUAAUGGCGUGCAGCUAUGAUCUGACGAAUAUCCCCGUUGCUCUAUUACGAGCUCAAAUUGGGCUCGACAUGUGCUCGUUUGACAAGCUAAGCCACAACAAUAACAACAAUACCACCACCCCCACCAGCAAUCAGGUUUCCGAAGGGGUCGUGCCGUCGCUGAAUCUGGACAACUUGAAUAGAUUGUCGACUCCGUCCCUGGUCGAGCUCAGCCAUCGCAUGGAGUCAGCGCUGUCCCAACGAAGCAGCAGUCAUGACGAAGCCAGUGGGAAACUCAAGGCCAAGACGUAUUCCAAGUCUACUACUGCCAAGGACACGUUGAAACUCAUCAAGAGGAAGAUCAAGCAAGACGACAACAAGCUGAAGGCCACGGCGUCGCUGCCAAAAUUGGUUUAACACGUGUCGCUCGUUGGAGUAGUAGUUAGUUACGUUAGUUACGUUAGUUACUGUACGGCUAAGUCGUUAGAGGAGGCAACUUGUACAGGUAAAUGGGGAACGCGGCGUCGCUGGUGCCUGGCGGGUCGAUGGGGCAAAACUGGCUGGACACCAUGUACGGAUCCAUGACGUGGACCCUGUAUAAAUAAGUGACAAUGCGCAAUUCCUUGUGUCGAAGCUUGGACGUGCACGCGAGCAGCUUGCGGAAGAUCUGCCGCAGCCCUCGUUCGAUGAGGAACAGAAAGAUCACAGUCACGUCGUCGUCCAAGUCCAUAUCGAGCGCGUUGCCGCAAUAAAUAGUUACUCUGUCGUCCACGCCAAGUCGCUUGGCGGCUUCGUUGAUUUGACACACGCGGUCUGCGUCGAUUUCCAUGCCCACGCAUCGGGCCACGUGGAGACUGCUGGCGGCAUACAGCAGCACUCGGCCAUCACCGCAUCCCACGUCGCACACCACGUCGCUGCCGUUCACUUGGGCCAGCGAAAAGGCCUGCUCGAUCACGCCCACUGGCGUCGAGUGCAGGACCUUCCGUGGGGCCAACAUCUUUUCGAAUCCAUCAAC